UUAUUAUGACAGUUCCAACCUCCUCAAAACUCUUCCGGCCCUUAAAGUUUGCCCAUGUCGACUUGAAACAUCGCAUCAUCAUGUCAUCUCUUACUCGACUUCGCGCGGAUGCCAACCAUGUUGCGACGCCCUUGAUGAAGGAGUACUAUCUCCAGCGAGCGUCUAUUCCCGGCACCCUCAUCAUCGCGGAAUCAUGUGCCGUAUCCCCAGAACACGGUGGGAUGGUUCACAGCUCGGCGAUUUUUAGUGACGAGCAAGUGGCUGCCUGGAAAGAUAUUGUCGACGCCGUCCAUGACAAAGGCUGCUUCAUGUAUGCCCAGAUUAGCGCGUUUGGCAGGGCAGCAGAUCCUACAACAGCCGAAGCAGAAGGCUUCAAAGUCAAAGGUCCUAGUGCCAUCGCCGCUGACGGAGGCAUUGUGCCUCUAGAGAUGACGCAAGAGGAUAUUCACAAUACCGUCACAACUUUCACAAGGGCUGCACAGAACGCAAUCCGCGCAGGAUUUGAUGGUGUUGAAAUCUACGCAGCAAACGGGUAUCUGCUGGACACAUUUAUUCAAGACGUCAGUAACCAGCGUUCCGAUGCCUACGGUGGCAGCAUAGAAAACAGAAAUAGGCUCGUCGUCCAAGUCACACAAGCUGUUGCUGAUGCCGUUGGCCCCGAGCGCGUCGGUGUCAAGCUGAGCCCCUGGUCGACAUUUCAGUCUAUGCGCAUGAAGGACCCGAUUCCCCAGUUCAAAGAUUUAGUUACCAAGCUCAAUGGAAUCCAAAUCGGAUUUCUAAACCUGAUAGAGUCGCGCGUCUCGGGUAUUGAUUACACCGACGGCACGGAAAAAGUUGACUGGAUGUGGCCGCUGUUUGAUGGAGUCAUUGUCACCACGGGAGGAUAUCUACCGCAGACCGCCAUGGACUUUGUAGAUAGCCAUGAAGAUGGAAAAUUCGUUGUGGCAUUUGGAAGACGAUAUGUCGCCAAUCCUGACUUGCCGUACCGCAUCCAGCACGGUAUCGAGCUCAACCCCUACGACCGCAGCAGCUUCUACAAGGUUGGCGCACCCGACGGGUUCAUCGAUUAUCCUUUCAGCAAAGAAUUUUUGGCUCAGUCACAUUAGAAAUAUCUGCAUAGAGUUUGUUUAACUAGAUA